AGAAAAAACAAAAACAACCACCACCCUAUUAGUGAUGGGUGAUGUAGAUUAGAGUGGCAGGGAGGGAGGGGUGAUGUGAUGCUGACGAUCCCCUCCCCUCCCCUCCCUGUUAUAGUAUAUAUAGAGGUGGUGGCGGCAGAACCUGCAAUGGGAUGGCAUAUACAUGCAUUGCGAAGAGUACGAGUAGGGUGGAGUUGAUGAUAUAUAGAUAGAUCCAAGGCACAGCAAUGAAUGAAUGAUGAUAUCAUCACACGUUGACGUUGCGUCGUCCUCUCUCCACCGUACCGUAGAGAGUAAAAACACAACAUCUAUCUAUCCAUCUGUAUACUACCUACCUCUACCUUCCUACCUACUCCCAAUCUAUCUAUCAACGCAUACAAAUGCAGCUUCUUUUUCUUUUUCUUAUAACUGUAUUCAUUCAUUCAUUCAUUUUAGUUCUAACCACCUACUUAUUACACCAUGAUAUAUACAUAGUCGCAGUCGUCAUCUCCUCUCAGGUCAGGUCAGGUCAGGUCGGGUCAUAUGUAAUGUAGUGUGGUAGUAGUAAAUGCAACAGAUUGUUAAUUAAUGAAUCCAACCUUCAACCAUUAUCCAUACUCGCCAUCCCCACCACCCCCACCCCCACCCCCUCAAAUUUCCCCUAUAUUUCUCUCUCUCUCUCUCUCUCUCUCGGUAGAUUGCUUGCUUGCUUGCUUGCUUCCAUUCCUCUCUAAUUCCCUGUUUGCAUUAACAAAUAAUUGGAUCGAUUAAAUCCAUCUGGCGGGUCGGGUCGGGUCAGAACUGAGAGACAGGCAGACAGACAGACAGAGAGAAUGACAAGCACAAGAACAAUAACAAUGUUGAGGCUGAUGACGGGAAUGGCAGGGCCGAGCGGGUUCGGGUCGGCAUCCACCGCGGAGGAGGUCACGAAGGGGAUCCAAAUUCACGCCCCCGAUCUCACCGCGAUCAUCACAGGAGGGGCAAGUGGGAUAGGACUGGAGACAGCAAGGGUUUUGGCACUAAGGAAUGUCCAUGUGAUCAUCGGAGCAAGAAACAUGGAGGCCGCAGGUGAGGCCAAGGAUCACAUUCUCCAGCACAACAGCAGUGCCAGGGUUGAUGUCCUCAAACUGGACCUUGCCUCACUCAAAUCAAUUAGGGACUUUGCACACAGCUUCAUGGCCCUCAACCUUCCCCUCAACAUCUUGAUAAACAAUGCUGGGAUCAUGUUCUGUCCUUACCAACUGUCUCAAGAUGGGAUUGAGAUGCAGUUUGCUACCAAUCAUCUUGGCCACUUCUACUUGACUAACCUACUCCUCCACAAGAUGAAAGAAACGGCUAAGUCUACUGGGAUCCAGGGCAGGAUUGUGAACCUCUCAUCAGUAGCACAUAUCCAUACCUAUGAAGAAGGGAUUGCACUUGACAAGAUUAACGAUAAAAACAGCUAUGAUGACAAGAGAGCAUACGGACAAUCCAAACUAGCAAACAUACUUCAUGCAAAUGAGCUCUCCAGGCGACUUAAGGCUGAGGGUGCGAAUAUCACAGCCAACUCAGUGCACCCUGGAUUGAUAAUGACAAACCUGUUUAGGUAUUCAGGAGUGCUCAUGAGGGUUUUGAAGUUUAUGACUAACAUACUAUGGAAGAAUGUCCACCAGGGGGCAGCCACAACAUGCUAUGUUGCGCUUCACCCAAGCUUGGAAGGCGUAACAGGGAAGUACUUUGUGGACUGCAAUGAGUUCAAGCCAAGCAGAUUUGCAAGGAGUGAAGAUUUGGCAAAAAGGCUAUGGGAAUUAAGCAACAAACUGGUUAAUGCUGCUGAGAAAGCUUGAGAACGGCUGGAUUCUGCCUGGAUGGAUUAAGUCUAGCUAUCAUACUUGUUUCUAGACACCCACACAUGCAUACAUGUGUCCAGGUGCUUGUGUGUGCUUGUAUCUUGGGACAGCCUAAUGUAGAAAGGCAAGGUAGCCGUAGCUUUACUAUUCAAGAAAUCAGUAUAAACAAAACAACAGAAGCAAGGAGAGCAACAUAUACCUGUUUCUAUCCAUUUAAGCAUUCAAUGUGCACCCAAUGCCGUGGUCGAUUAGUGCUUCAAAAUAUCCUCUCCUACAUUC